GGAACACAUCAUUGUAUUGCACACCUCUAAAAAAACAGUGCUCUGAUUCAUAAAUAUAAAAAGAUCCUCUGAGGAGGGCAGUGUUUUGUGUGAUGGCAACUUCACUUCUAGGGGAGGAGCCGAGGUUAGGAUCGACUCCUUUAGCCAUGUUAGCUGCAACAUGCAACAAAAUAGGGAGUCCGAGCCCUUCACCGUCGGCAAUAUCGGAUAAUUCCUCGUCAUUUGGAAAAGGCUUCCACCCGUGGAAAAGAGCCGCUGCCAGCAGCUGCAGCCUCGGAUCCGGCCUGUCCGGCUUCGGUGUGUCCCGGAAUGGAGCCGGCAUCUCGGACUCUUUCGGCACCAACAGCUCCCCUGGAUCCAGUGCUUUUUCCCUCACGUCUGGUACCUCAUCUAGUUCACACUUUGGAAACGAUUAUUCUGUUUUCCAAGCCUCGGUUUCGAACAACUCUCAAGAAUCCAGCCACCAGCCGGUUUUCAUCUCGAAGGUGCACACCUCAGUGGACAGUUUGCAGGGCAUCUAUCCGAGGAUGAGCGUUGCGCAUCCCUACGAGUCCUGGUUCAAAUCGUCUCAUCCCGGUAUCCCCACAGGGGAGGUUGGAACCACCGGAGCCUCUGCGUGGUGGGAUGUGGGAGCUGGAUGGAUUGAUGUUCAAAACCCUAAUGGAGCAGCACUACAAACGUCCUUACAUUCCGGUGGACUCCAGACCUCCUUGCACUCUCCUCUGGGCGGAUAUAAUUCUGAUUACUCGAGUUUAAGUCACUCUGCUUUCAGUACAAGUCCCUCUCCACACCUGUUGACAACCGGCCAGCACCUGAUGGACGGUUUCAAGCCGGUGUUAUCCUCUUAUCCGGACACAACCCCCUCUCCCUUAGCCGGGGCAGGGGGUACUAUGCUAUCCGGGGGUCCACCUGCAUCUUUAGCGGGGUCUCCGAGGUCCUCUGCCCGACGGUACUCGGGCAGAGCCACCUGCGACUGUCCAAACUGCCAGGAGGCGGAGAGACUGGGACCGGCGGGCGCCAGCCUCCGGAGAAAAGGUCUCCACAGCUGUCACAUCCCCGGCUGUGGGAAGGUUUACGGGAAAACGUCACACCUCAAGGCGCAUUUGAGGUGGCACACCGGCGAGAGGCCGUUUGUGUGCAACUGGCUCUUUUGCGGGAAGAGGUUCACGCGCUCCGACGAGCUCCAGCGACAUUUACGCACACACACCGGGGAGAAAAGAUUCGCCUGUCCGGUGUGCAACAAGAGAUUUAUGCGUAGCGAUCACCUGAGUAAACAUGUAAAAACUCACAGCGCCGGGGGAUCCGCUGGCUCUGGCUCCGGGGGGAGCGGAGGGAAGAGGGGGAGUGAUACCGACAGCGAGCACAGCGCGCCGGGAAGCCCCCCGUGCCAUUCCCCCGACCUGUUGCACCCACCUGAGUCAACCCAGGGAGUUGGCAUGAACGGCCUCUAAAACUCCCCUCAGUGAAGUAAAACUGUAAAACAACAAAGUGCUGUGAUGGAAUUGUCCGAGAGGACAUGAAAGUGGACAUACUUUGGUGUAUGCGAAGUGCUUCAUCAUGAGUGUUGUCAUUUAAUGAGAAAAUAGGCCUAUACGUUUAUUUGACUUUUUCCAAGUGUUUAAGACUACUAAUUGCAUAAUUCCAUAGCUGUACCAUCAGAAACUUCUCAUUAUCUGCAGUGUGAAAGUGUAAUCAACUUAUUGUGGGCACACUGGGACAGGGCACAACAGCAGAACCUUUUUCUGCAGCCUCGUCCUGAAUUCCUCCUUGAUGUUGUAUUUCCCAGGGUAUGAGAGGAGAAGAUAUAAAAACACUGCUGUGAAAAUAGGCUUGCAAAGUUGUGCUACUGCUGUCACACAUAUUGUUCAAAACCAAACUGUGGCACUUUAUUAUCGAGCAGGAGAGAUUUUUCAUUUUUGUCCCCGUGGGUGGACUGCUCGGUACAGAACAAAUACCUGUAGUGUGUGGUAAGGUAGGCCUAUGGGAUGAGAUAGUUUCGUUAUAUCUGUCUGAUCCCAUCAACCGUUUGAUAAUGGAGGAGCAGUUGUAGGUUUAUAUCACAUAUUGCUAUUCACUCCACAGCCUACAGUGUGUGCGCCAAUAUUGUAAGUAGGCCAGUUGAGGUUACUUACAACUUCGCUGAAAAAUGUGUUGUACAUAAAGAGAAAUGUAGGUUAGAAUAAUUACAGACCAAUGUAAAGGUGAGUAAUGUAUUUGUCCAGGAGACGAUUUUGUAUAGGUAUUUCUAGUUGUAUAUGGACUCUAGUAAAUAUUUGAAAAUAU